AUGGCCAACCUGUUAACAUCAGCUGUUAGAAGUUAUGAUGAAUUGAUGACCAAAGCCGAUUCUAGAGUUGAAGGAUGGACUUUAAUGUCAUCACCAUGGCCAAGUUUAUUUAUAUGUCUAGCUUAUUUUAUUAUUGUUAAACUGGGACCAUCAUUCAUGGAGAAGAGAGAACCAAUGAAUUUAAAGAACGUCCUAGUUGUUUAUAAUUUUGCUAUGGUUAUAUUAUCAGGGUAUAUCUUUGUUGAGUUUUUGUUAUCUGGUUGGAUGACUGGUUAUAGUUAUGGUUGUCAACCUGUUGAUUAUUCACAUUCACCUAAAGCUUUAAGAAUGGUUAAUGUUUGUUGGUGGUUUUAUUUUUCUAAGUUUAUAGAACUCUUUGAUACUGUUUUCUUUUUGUUACGUAAGAAAAACAAUCAGGUUUCCUUUCUACAUGUAUUUCAUCAUGGUAUUAUGCCUUUCUCCUGGUGGUUUGGUGUCAAGUUUGCACCUGGAGGAUUUGGAACAUUUCAUGCAUUAUUAAACAGUUUUAUACAUUUUAUGAUGUACACAUAUUACGGUUUGGCUGCACUCGGUCCAGCCUUUCAGAAAUAUCUAUGGUGGAAAAAAUACAUGACCAAAAUGCAAAUUACGCAGUUUAUAUGUGUGGUCAUUCAUUCAUCUCAGUUAUUAUUUAUAGAAUGUAAUUAUUCCAUGAUUUUUGUAUAUUGGAUAGGGCUGUAUGCCAUUAUAUUCUUAGCCCUCUUUGCUGAUUUUUACCGUAAAGCAUAUCAAAAGAGUUCACAGAAUAAAAAAAGCAAUGGAAUAACCAAAAACGGUGUGAAAUCCAAGCACAGUUAA